AUGAUAAUUUCUCAACUCGAUUCUGUAAUUCAUAAUUAUUUUAUUGAACAAUAUGGUAGUUUACCUGUUAAGCCUAUGGAACCUCAAAAUUGUAAAAUGCGCGGCUUUAAAUUGGCUGAUCCACAAACAUUGUUUCUCGUUGGUAGUCGACAUGAGAAAACGGAAAAUGCUCGAGUAUUAUCAAAACAUUUUCAAGCUAGAGAAUCCGAUUUUAUGAUUGAAGUUGGUAGCAUAAAUUUAAAAAAUUUAUAUGUUAUUGAAAAUUUCAAUUCGGAUUACACUACAUAUGUAAGAAUACGUUAUCUUUUCGAUAAUACUUGUCCGGUAACAAAAUGUACGAGCGGAUAUACGGAAAAACUAUUUCAACCGAAAACUGUUAACAACAAAGUCUAUCUGAACGCCUAUGCUAUUAAAGAAAAUUUUCAAUUGUGUGUCUGGAAUAAUCGACGUUGUAUUAAAGUUGAACAUUCACCAGAAAAAGCAUCUUUGGCAAUUGAAAUUGAAAAAUUUUCGCUAGAUGAUAAAACCAGUGUUGACCUGGUUAUUCCAAAAGAACAAGUACCACAAGUAUUGGAUGGUAUUAAUCGAAUAAAACAGCUGGCAUCUCUAUACUUAUGUCAGUUUGAAAUAUUUCGUUUACAUCCACUAUUCUCUGCUUGUUACUCGUCAUGCGUUCGUGGCAUAGACAAAGAACUUAUUGACUUAACACCGACGAUUACCGUGGACAAAUGGCCAAAUUGUGCAAAAAUAGCAUUAGAAGCAAUUCAGAAACGUUUCAACAUUGAUCUCAGCUCGAUUCCAUUUUGUCUUGUACCAAAAUGUUCUCGUAACGUUCAUCACCCAGAACAUCACCAUACGGAGUUUUGUUAUUCAUUUUCUAGAGCUGAAACAAUCCUAACGCUAAGACGAACUGCAAAGCAAACAUCGUUUACUUUACUAGUGAAAUUAUUAUUUUAUAAAAAUAUAUUUGAUCUGAACUUAGAAGACGAGCAAAAUAAAAUUAAAACAAUUGAUUCGUAUUUACUAAAAACUUUAACGUUUUGGUAUAUUGAAUUAAUUUCCGAGAAAGAAUGGCAACGCGAAUAUGAUCCUCGGUCGAUCGCAUCAUUUAUAUUAGGAUUUCUAAGUUUUGUUAUAAAAGCGUUUGAAAAACGAUACGUUAGCUCUUACUGGAAUCGAAAUAUUCACUCCGUAACAAAUAACUUACUUGAUACCGUUAAUGAACAUUUAAUUGAGAAGUGUAUUUCUAUUCUAGAACAGAUCCGACACAAUUCAGUGCCUUAUAUUGAAAAUUUACGUUUAGAUUCACAAAUUGAAUUUAUUAAACUAAAUGAUAAUUAUUUCAAACAAAUAGAAGAAGAGCAUUUAUUUGAUGUUAUAUAUGUUUUUGGAUAUGACAAUCUUUUGGAACAUCAUUGUAAUAUGAACGUGUUAGAACGAUCUAAUUUCUAUGUCAUUGUUGAUACAUUAAUACAGAUGACAAUGCAGAAUCAACUGAGAAUGUCAGCUACUCUGUGGCAAAAGUUGUUUAACGUUAAAAGUUUUCCUACAAGAUUAUGUACUUUAGGUUUUAUUCGACAGUUUAUUGAGCAUCAGAACUGUGGGAAAGAAUGUUACAUGACACUGACAGAAAGAAAAGCAGAAAAUCAUUUGAAAAAAAUCAUCUCGUUUAUUCUCAUUGAAUGGAUUUGUCAAUCAUCAUCAUUUGCCUAUAAUUUCCUGACACCAGAUUUAGUACGAAAAUUAUAUAGACAAGACUUUUCAUUUACAAGUCAAUCAAUUCAAUACAUAUAA